AUGAAAGUUGCUGUAAGAUUAUUAUGGCAGCUUCUUUUGGUUGCCGCCUACUUUUGGCAGGCUGCUUUGGCAGAUACUAGCGAAUUAAUUUGCCAAGAAGAACAGGGAUCGAAGAAUGGAGAGCUUGUCUGUUCUUUUCGAGUAGAUCCAGCGAAACCAAUGAAAGAUCGCCGGCUGAAGCAUUGCACCGAUGACGUAUGUGUUAAUGCAGUUGCGUGGUCAACAGAACCGCAACGACAAUCACAAUCAACGACAAAAAACAAUCAUGAUGAUUCCGCCAACGAUGAUCAAGGAGACAUUCUCAAAGUUGGGCUGGCAACUUAUCGAAAGCCUUACUCGAAGUACUAUUCCGCCAGCAUUUCUCAAUGGUUGAACCAAACACCCAAGAUGUCCAAAAUUGAAGAUCCAUUGGGUUGGGCCAAAUGGUGCGGAACGCUGGGAAGCCUUCAUGUACAUGACUACAAGGAGCCCUACGACUUGGAAUUGGCUAUCAAUGUACUCCAGGAGUCGGUCCAACUAAUAGAAGAUCACUUUCAAAUUGUUGGGUCAGACUCUUUCGGCUCUGAUGAUGUUUGGGAAUCCUUUCGAGCUUCCGUGUACAACACAUUAGGUGAAGCCUAUUAUUUGAAUCCAAACAUUGACCAUGGAACGGAAGCGCUAGAUCAUUAUGAAACGGCUCUAGCAAUCUACGAAUCAUUGGUGCAGAAACAAGACCAAGAUUCAGAGUCAAUAAGAACUGCCGAACACGUGAAGACAAGACAGGUCUACGCUCUGACUUUGGGCAAAGUUGGAAGUGCAUUGAUACAGCUCCACUCGGCAGAGAAACUUGAAGUCAAUUCACUCGAUAGUGACGACCUAUCGGCAGACAUGGCUUCCACGACAACCAUGUCUACUUUCAACGAAAAUGACAAGAACAGCCAAUCAGACGAGGACCCCAAUACUACCAGUAGUAAUCGGAGCCCCAAGUUACAACGAGCCAGCGAAGUGUUGAUACUGGCCCAAGAUAUUUACCACUCACAGUGUAAAGAGCAUCUUCCAACCUCGGAGGCAACGACGACCACUUAUAGUGGAUACUACCAGCAAAAACAUAUACCAGACCCAUCAGCGUAUGUGGAAGCUUGUGUGGACUUUGCCACGACCCUGCAAUAUGCCUCUACCGUUGAAUCGCUAUCGGGAAACUACCCAGGGGCACUUGAUUACAUGAAACGGGCCAUGUUGGUGUAUACUGGAGAGAUUAAUAUUCUUGACGAAACAGUCAGUGAUGCCCAUGUAGACUCAGUGCUUUCCAAUGUCUAUUCCAUGUGGUACUACAUGGGAUCCGUGGAUAGCAUUGGGAGCCUCAUGGCAAAUAUUGCUGAUACCUACGGCCAGCUUGGCAAACACCAAGAAAGCAAGACCACAUAUAUGGUAGCAAUGAGGUUUUAUUCCAUGUUUCAUCUUACCCCACCACCUACGGCGCAAAACUUGUACACGGAAGUGAGCAUGGACGAAGCAACAAAAACAAUGCUGGAUAGCUAUUUGUCCAUGCUCAAGGAAUAUCGACGAGGUACAGCGAGCAAUGCUGACCCAGGGCAACCAAUGUACCAAACGGAUGACACUUACGAAGGAGACAUUUUAUACAACCUUGGGACGAUCUAUUUGUACGCUGGUGAUGACAAGGAAGGAAUGGACUGGUUUGAAGAAGCAAUCACUGUCUACCAAAGAACACACAAUACAAAGAACAAGAACAGGAUCAGUAAGCAUCAACAGCGAUGGUCUCAGAUCGCUUCCAUAAAGGCAAGCUUGAAACGAAUCUACUUUGGACAAGGCCGAUUUGACGAUUCCAAUCAAGCCCAUCAGGAAUCUAUGGAUCUCUUUUUGGAAUUGUACGGAGACGGCGUGAAUCCCUAUGUGCAGCUCCUGCACGACCAAGUUGUGCAAGCCAAUGAUCGCUACCAACAAACUGCCAGCCAGCAUGAAGGCUCGGAGGAAAUGAUUGGAGGUGAAAAUUCAAUCAACUUGGAACAUUAUCUUCAAAGUAUUCAAAAUGCGACCGAGAAAAUCGAGUCUGACAAAAAGAAGGAUGACGAGAAGGAAUUGUAG